GAGCUGCUGCUUUGCCCAGAUGUGGCCCCACACUUGGAUGGUAGGGCCAGUCUACGCUGCUAGUUAACCCUGCCUGGGUCAGGGUACUCAAAUAGCCUGAAGGUGGGCGCUGGUUAAAGUCUCCUUCAACAAAACUGGGACCUGGACCCCAACAUCUUUGCCUGGUGAUACACCGCUUGCCUUUCAACGCCAAUUGAACCCCCCACACCCAGGACACAAUGGCCCAGACCUCAGAGCUGGGGAAGCAGACACAGCUGACAGAGGUGGCAGGGAUCCUCUUGCAGACUGCAACUGUGGGCAACUGGAGCCAGAUCCAGAACUUCCAGGCCAAGCCGGAUGAUCUGCUCAUCUGUACCUACCCUAAAUCAGGGACAACAUGGAUUCAGGAAAUUGUGGACAUGAUUGAACAGAAUGGGGACGUGGAGAAGUGCCAGCGAGCCCUCAUCCAGCACCGCCACCCUUUCAUCGAGUGGGCACGGCCACCCCAGCCCUCUGGUGUGGAAAAAGCCAAAGCGAUGCCCUCUCCACGGACACUAAGGACUCACCUUCCCACUCACCUGUUGCCACCGUCUUUCUGGGAAAGCAACUGCAAGUUCCUUUAUGUAGCUCGAAAUGCCAAAGACACUAUGGUUUCCUACUACCAUUUCCAAAGAAUGAAUCAAAUGCUUCCUGAUCCUGGCACCUGGGAUGACUAUUUUGAAGCCUUCAUCAAUGGAAAAGUGGGCUGGGGUUCCUGGUUUGACCACGUGAAAGGAUGGUGGGAGAUGAAAGACAGAUACCAGAUUCUCUUCCUCUUCUACGAGGACAUAAAGAGAGACCCAAAGCAUGAAAUUCAGAAGGUGAUGCAGUUCAUGGGAAAGAACUUGGAUGAAACAGUUCUAGACAUAAUUGUCCAGGAGACAUCAUUUGAGAAAAUGAAAGAAAAUCCCAUGACGAAUCGGUCUACAAUUCCCAAAUCUAUCCUGGACCAAUCCAUUUCCCCCUUCAUGAGAAAAGGAACUGUGGGGGAUUGGAAAAACCACUUCACUGUGGCCCAGAAUGAGAUAUUUGAUGAAAUCUACAAGAAAAAGAUGGAAGGAACCUCAAUAAACUUCUGCAUGGAACUCUGAGCAGGACGUAAAUAAGGUGAACAGCAAGAACGGCAGAUGCUAUGGUCAUUUGAAGUUUAAUGCUUCACCCACAGCCAAAAGAAUCUCUGAAAGCAUAUUGUAAAUGCAUAUGAUGUAGUAUAAACUGUCUCUGUGAUUAUUAACUAUAUGUCACACCUUCAUUUCUAAAAAAGGAUUGUGUCUAAUGCCUAUUUUGUCAACUAUUCUUUCCAAACUAAGAAAUAAGAUAGUUUAAUAAACUAUGUAAAAUGUAAA